CAUUUGCUAAAGUAGGCAGUGAGACAUCUUAUAGAUCUUCCUUUUCCACUUCCAUCCGUUAUAAUAAAGAUGAAGUUCUCUGCUGACGUCAGUUCUUCCCGCCGUAAGAGCAGAAAGGCUCACUUCACUGCUACCUCUGAUGUUCGUCGCAAGAUCAUGAGUGCUCCUUUAUCUAAGGAACUCCGUGAAAAGUACGGUGUUCGUUCUAUUCCUGUCCGUAAGGAUGAUGAAGUUCAAAUUGUUCGCGGUACUUACAAGGGCCGUGAAGGUAAAAUCACUCAAGUUUACCGUAAGAAGUGGGUUAUUCACGUCGACCGUGUCGCUCGUGAAAAGGUCAACGGUGCCACUGUUCCCAUUGGUCUCUCUGCUUCCAAGGUUGUUAUCACCAACCUUAAGUUAGACAAGUCUCGUCUUGCUAUUCUCGAACGUAAGGGUAAGAAGGACGCCAUGAAGCAGUAAAAACUUUCAAUUAAUGGAUCAAUUUUUUGUCAAAUAAUCCCGGUUUAAUUCAUUUGUUUAUUCUAUUGUAAAAUGUGGACAUUUUUGAUUUUGUUGAAAAAUCAAUAAAAGGAAAGAUGCGACCAUCAUGUUUAUAUUCCAUUUUGAUGUAUUUGUAUCGUAUCGAGUUUAUUCAUUGUAUAAUUUAUGAAAUUGUGCUGUUUGAUAGUCUACGUACAAGAAUAAAAAAUUGUGACUUCCACGUCAUUCUUGCUUUCAGCCUUAACG